AUGGAGACGCUCGUGGCGCGGGGCGCGCUGCGGGCGCUCUGCGUGCUGGGCUGCCUGGUGGGCCCCCUCGCCGCCGCGCCCUCGCCCAUCAUCAAGUUCCCGGGGGAUGUCGCCCCCAAGUCGGACAAAGAGAUGGCCGUGCAAUACCUGAACAGCUACUACGGCUGCCCCAAGGACAAGUGCAACCUGAUCGGGCUGAAGGACUCGCUGAAGAAGAUGCAGAAGUUCUUCGGGCUGCCCGAGACGGGGAACCUCGACAAGCGCACCCUCGCCACCAUGAAGAAGCCUCGCUGCGGCAACCCCGACGUGGCCAACUACAACUUCUUCCCCCGCAAGCCCAAGUGGGAGAAGAACGAGGUCACGUACAGGAUCAUCGGCUACACGCCUGACCUUGACCCCGAGACGGUGGAUGAUGCCUUCGCCCGUGCCUUCCAAGUCUGGAGUAACGUGACGCCCCUCCGCUUUUCCCGUAUCCACGAUGGAGACGCCGACAUCAUGAUCAACUUCGGCCGCUGGGAGCACGGAGAUGGAUACCCCUUCGAUGGCAAGGACGGGCUCCUGGCUCACGCCUUCGCCCCGGGGCCCGGGGUCGGAGGAGACUCCCACUUUGACGACGAUGAGCUGUGGAGCCUCGGAGAAGGACAAGUGGUCCGAGCAAAGUACGGGACCGCCAACGGGGAGUACUGCAAGUUCCCCUUCCUGUUCAACGGCAAGGAGUACAACAGCUGCACCGACGCAGGCCGCACGGACGGCUUCCUCUGGUGCUCCACCACCUACAACUUCGACAAGGACAACAAAUACGGCUUCUGCCCCCACGAAUCCCUGUUCACCAUGGGCGGCAACGGCGACGGCAAGCCCUGCACGUUCCCGUUCAGCUUCCAGGGCAACAGCUACAACAGCUGCACCACCGAGGGCCGCAGCGACGGCUACCGCUGGUGCAGCACCACCGAGGACUACGACCGUGACAAGAAGUACGGCUUCUGCCCGGAGACCGCUCUGUCCACCGUCGGCGGGAACGGGAACGGUGCCCCCUGCGUCUUCCCCUUCACCUUCCUGGGCAAGAAGUACGAGCGCUGCACCACCGACGGCCGCAGCGACGGCAAGGCCUGGUGCUCCACCACCGACAGCUUCGACGACGACCGAACCUGGGGCUUCUGUCCCGACCAAGGGUACAGCCUCUUCCUGGUGGCAGCUCACGAGUUCGGCCACGCGAUGGGGCUGGAGCACUCGCAGGACCCCGGAGCCCUGAUGGCACCCAUCUACACCUACACCAAGAACCUCCGCCUGUCCAAUGACGACAUCAAGGGCAUCCAAGAGCUUUACGGGCCCAACCCGGACACUGACACCGGCCCCGGCCCCUCCCCCACGCUGGGGCCCGUCACUCCCGAGAUCUGCACCCAAGACAUUGUCUUCGACGGCAUUGCUCAGAUCCGCGGGGAGAUCUUCUUCUUCAAGGACCGGUUCAUCUGGCGGACAGUGAGGUUGGGCGAGAAGCCCACGGGGCCCCUGCUGGUGGCCACGUUCUGGCCUGAGCUUCCGGAGAAGAUCGACGCCGUGUACGAGGCCCCUCAGGAGGAGAAGGCCGUGUUUUUCGCAGGCGAUGAGUACUGGGUCUACUCGGCCAGCACCCUGGAGCCCGGGUACCCCAAGCCGCUGACCAGCCUGGGGCUGCCCCCCAGCGUGAAGCGAGUGGACGCCGCCUUCAACUGGAGCAAGAACAAGAAGACGUACAUCUUUGCGGGGAAGAAGUUCUGGAGAUACAACGAGGUGAAGAAGAAGAUGGAUCCCGACUUCCCCAAGCUCAUCGAGGACGCCUGGACCGCGGUCCUGGAUGACCUGGAUGCUGCGGUGGACCUGCAGGCCGGGGGUUACAGCUACUUCUUCAAGGGCAAGUACUACCAGAUGCUGGAGAAUCACAGCCUGAGGAACGUGAAGCUUGGGAGCAUCAAGAACGACUGGCUGGGCUGCUGA